AUGUUCAGGAGGUCUCUGUCAUUAGGGUUUGCAGCAUGUCGGCAUUACUCGCACGCGGCAGCCAAAACGGGCUCAAAGAAAUCAGGGUUCGAUAAGAGCAUGCUGAAACCUGCUUUAGCAGUCAUUGUGUUUGCUUCAAUGCUGAGCCACGUUUCCAACCAACAAAAUGUCAAUGCAGAGCUCGAUAGACGUUACGAACUGAAAAUUGGCAUUCUAGAGAAACUCAUCGAAAGGGCAAAGCAUGGAGAUCGGGACUUCGAUCCUCAUGAAGAGCUCAAGUUGGUGAACAAGUUGUUUGCUCGAUUUUCGAGUUCCAAAGGAAUCGAUUUGGAAGACGAGGCAGCGAAAGUGCGAAAGUACUCCGAUGCUAGGCCGUACUCGGAAGAGAUGAUAAUAAACAGUCUGAACGGUUCUGCGAAACAAGUUGAAGAAGAGUCGCUCGAAGAGGUGCUGAAAAGUUUGAUGAAUGAAGUCGAUGGCAAAGGAACAAUGACGCAACCGUCACCUCCGGAGUCGUCAUUUCAUGAGAAGGGAGAAGUGGUACUGAAUAAAAAACUGCUUGAUGAGCUCGCUAGAAAGGAAGCCGAACUUCUAAACUAUUCCCCGUCGACUGAUGCUCAUACACUGGUAGAGAAUCCUGGAGAACUCACUGCUGCAGCAAAAGAUACGGAGGUCCCGAAAUUUUUAUAG